ACAGUUCUGACCAUGCCGGGAUUCGACAAGACUUUCGCGCCUCUCAAGGCAACAGACUACUUCUCGCCUUACCACCGCGCAGGCGCUCCCAAAUCCUCCCAACUACCCGACCAAGAUGAUCCUUACGCGGCUCUUCGUGCAAAAGCGCUGACAGCCCUUGAAGCACAGGGGUUUGAAGCCAAGACCAUGGUAGAACGCGGUGUGACCUGGGCAGAAGACCAAGACCCGUUCGGACAUGUCGCGCAUUCCCAGUACCUACAUUUCUUUGGCAUUUGCUGGCAGCGCGUCAUGGAAAGCUACGAUGAGUUUUUGUCUAAGCAGGAAUACGAGGAUAUGAUCAAGGGAAAGAGUGUCAUACCCGUUGUGCACAAGUAUGAGAUAUUGUUGAAGAGACAAGUUCGAUAUCCAGACUCGCUCAUUGUGGCCAAUCGUGAAGAAAAGUUCACACCGAACCAUAAUAUUGGCACGACGGUUCUGUUUUCUUUGCAGCAGCAGGCUGUAGUGGCACAGGUUACGGGAUCGAUUACGUAUAUCAAUGCGAAGACUGGUCGGCCGAUUGAUAUCAGGACUGUGAGCGAUGGAUGGGCCAAGUUGUAUGAUGGAUUUACCCGCAAGGUUGAAACGGCAACGGCACUGCUGAAGAAGUGGGAGGAGGAGCAUCCGCCUAAGACUAAAACGAAACUGUAG